GAAAAUUGCCGGCCAGCCACGUACAUACCUAAAUUAAACCCAUUGCCACGCCCUGUCACCCGCCUCCUCCCGCCGGGGCUUCUCUCCGAGCGCAGUCCAACAUACUCGAUGUCUCCUUGCACACCGCAGAGCUCUGAUGGAUGUGUUGGCUGGCUGGCUGGCUGCUAUCUGUCACAGUGUCAGGGUCAGGGUCUCGCACGUAAUCGAAAGAAGUCGGCCCGCGUGCAACCCAACGCACACUGCGUCGCGUGUGGGAGCGGGAGCCCCACAUACGGAUCGGCGUGACCUCCCGCAUCUUACGCCAUCUGAGCCCAGCCCCGAGACAAGAACAAGGGCAAGGGCAAGGGAACUGACUAUGUGCGCCAAGAUGCGGGACGGGGAGAUGGAUCCUCCCCGCUAUUGUCGGGUCGCACAGCGGCACGGGCGACCCUUGCUUCCCUCGCUCUUCUAUCGGGACCGGGUGCACUUCGCGCAACUGACGGGAAGAAAGCUACAGCGAUGGGUGGCUGCAAAUAACUAACUUGCAGCGCCGUGCCGAGUGCGGGCAUGUGCUCAUUUCGCGACUGGGGAGUUGUGUACGAGAGGGGCGGCCGGCCGGCUAGCAAGACGACGACGUUGUUCGUCAGAGGUCUGCACUGUUCUGCCUCGAGCGGGACACUAAAUCCUAUCCGCCCAACGAUGUGGCAUUUCACGUGAUCGAGUUGGGACGCGCUCGUCUCCAGAGCACACAAGGUUUCUUCCAGCAUCUACAGACUCUCUAUUUUUUUUUGAAUAUCUUGCAAUUCUCUGCCCUGCCGGGGAGCCGUAGACCGAGAACUCACA